AUGUCCGCAGCAGAAGUGAGCAUCCGGAGCUUGACCGGUGACUGGGCCAUCGACAAAUCUAAAUCCACCAAUAUAGACGGUGCUCUGAAACUGCAAGGGAUUGGCUGGCUCCGACGCAAAGCAGUCACGUCAGGCACAAUAACCCUUAAAACCGCGCACACCACAGAAGCUCAUAAUGAGGAGCAGCCCAUUACACGUCUCAUGAUGCAACAGGGGCUUCGCGGGAUCUUUCCCGGUGUUGAGCAAACACGAUCAGUGGAUUGGAGCACACACGAGCAUGUCGACGCUGUCUCCGGAGCCGCUAUAACAGUCCGCAGCCGGUAUGUACGGGGCAUUGAGGAGGGAGACGGGAGUAAGGUGAAGCCUGCUCUCCAAGUAGAGACGUCAGUAACUGGCGAGAAGGGGAAAGCUGAUAUCGAGACUUUCCUUGGUGCUGCAGUUUCGAUUCCUGAGACUGGCGGCGAAGAGGCGAAGGAGAAGCCGUUCGUGCAGGAUUACAUUGUUUGCGAGUCUGGCGGGUGGACGGCUGAGCAAGUCUGGGCUGUCGAGAAGAUUGACGGUAGUACGUUCUUAACGUGCAGGGCUGUUGCUGCGAAGGGGGACGCCACUGAGAUGGCGUACCAGGUAUAUCAAUACGAAGAGCAGAAGUAA